GAGCCCAAGAAGGAGCCGAGCCCUCCCGCCGCCACCGUCACCAUGGGCCAGAAUGACCUGAUGGGCACCGCCAAGGACGUCGCGGACCAGUUUCUCCGAGUCACGAAGCAGUACCUCCCUCAUGUGGCACGCCUGUGUCUUAUUAGCACCUUCCUGGAAGAUGGCAUCCAUAUGUGGUUCCAGUGGAGUGAACAGAGAGACUAUAUUGAUGCUACCUGGAACUGUGGCUACAUCCUUGCCUCCAUCUUUGUGUUCUUAAACUUGCUUGGGCAAUUGACUGGCUGUAUCUUGGUAUUGAGCAGAAACUUUGUACAGUAUGCCUGCUUUAGACUCUUUGGAAUUAUAGCUUUACAGACGAUCGCAUACAGCAUUUUAUGGGAUCUCAAAUUUUUGAUGAGGAAUCUGGCCCUAGGAGGAGGAUUGCUGCUACUCCUGGCUGAAUCCUGUUCUGAAGGGAAGAGCAUGUUUGCAGGAGUCCCAACCAUGCGAGAAAGCUCACCCAAACAGUACAUGCAGCUUGGUGGGAGGGAACUGCUGGUCCUGAUGUUCAUGACCCUUCUUCACUUUGAUGCCAGCUUCUUUUCUAUUCUUCAGAACAUCGUGGGCACAGCUUUGAUCAUUUUAGUGGCCAUUGGUUUCAAAACCAAGCUAGCUGCCUUGACUCUGGUCAUCUGGUUGUUUGGCAUCAAUGUUUAUUUCAACGCUUUCUGGACCGUCCCAGUCUAUAAGCCCAUGCAUGACUUCCUCAAGUAUGACUUCUUCCAGACCAUGUCAGUGAUUGGAGGCUUGCUUCUCGUGGUUGCCUUGGGCCCUGGUGGUGUCUCCAUGGAUGAAAAGAAAAAGGAGUGGUAACAGCCCCCUCCCCAUGUCCCUGCCCAGUGAAGACCAGUGGCUAUCAAGAACAGUGGAUUCAACAAAACUGCCAGCAUUUGCAUACCUGACUCCCUUCCCCUGGUAAAGGCACAGAUGUUUUGAGAGCUUUAUUUACAGUAACACAAUCUGAAAUAGAUGGUUAAAUCUGCUUUGGAGGCAUGCUCAGUCCCAAAUUUUAGUUUUUUGGCAUUUUUUGUUUUUGUUUUUAAAGACUGGCCAGCCUGAACAGUUAACAUAUCAUUCUUUAGCUGAGUGCUCUUAAAAUUCAUCUGCAUGGGCAGCUUGACUGAACCUGGCCUUUUUUUUUUUUGGUGGGAGGAGACAGAGUGAACCUGCAAGUUGUACUGUGAGCAGAUACACAACUGUAUCAUUCAAUGUGGUGGUCUCUGGUUUUGUUUUGUUUUGUUUACAUUUUUAGCUAGAACUACUAAAUGAUUUGAGAUA